UAUGUUUACACUACAACGUGGGUCGAUUUGACUGCUAUUUCAUGCCACGAUAAUAACAUAUACAACCCAGACUGCUAUUGAUUUAUAGUUUGUGUCCGUGUGAAUGUAAAAAUGGGCAAAAAGCGCCGCAGCGAAGUUUCGGAGGAAACAGAUGCUCCGGUCAAAAAGGAGAAGGUUCCGGAGUUUAACGGGACUGAGUUUAAAGUCAUGCUGAAGAACCCCACCACGGCCAUGAAGGGGCUGGAGAAGUUCAUAGCAGUUGCUAAGAAGCUGCCUUCUUCUGACCUGUAUGAUGUGGUUGAGGGUUACAUCAAAAUCUCCAUGGAGUGUGCAGAAAUAUUCAAAUUGUUAGAAGGGGAAAAGCACAUAGAGAGUGAGAUGCUGCUGAUUUUUGAGAGCUUGGAAAUGAUCCUUCUAAGGACAGCAAGUGACCUGUCCCACUUCAGCAUGGUUGGCAAUGCAAUUAUGAAAAAGACAGCUGCCAACCACAUGAAGCUUCUGCAAGGGUCUUUUCAUUCAAUCAAUCACAGGUUUGUCCGGCAGUGCCUCAACCUGCUGUCCGCCAUUGUGUCUCAGGGCAACGAGGCUGCCCGAGAGGUCUUAAGUCAAAUCCACAUCAAAUCUCUGUCUGGACUGGCCAAGAGAAGGGACAAAAGGGGAAAACCUGACGUCCGGCAGGCUUUUAUCCAAUUCGUGCUUUCGUUUUUGGUGUCUGGAGACGGUGCUACUGUUGGGCAAAUAUUAGAAAUAAAAGAACUUCUACCACACAUCCUGAACACGGGUCUGAAGGAAGACAGGAUGUCCACGGUCAACCUGAUCUUAUCCACACUGAAGACUAGAGUUGUGCUUAACAAAGCAAUUAGCAAAACGCAGAAAGUGCGCUUUUUUACCCCUGCGGUCUUGGCCAGCAUAGCCUCUCUGUACAAAUGGAACGGCAUAACGGAUGCAGCUGUCGAUGAUGAGAAUGUGAAAAUGGACUCGGAUUCUGCUGGGGUUGCAGUCGUCCGGGAACUUGUCCACAGCUUCCUUCUGGACCUCUGCUGCUCCCGUAAACACGGGAUCAGCUUCCAUGACCCGAGCCUGGGCACAGCUGGCCGAGCGGGAAACCUGGUGCUGCUCCAGUUUCUGGCCGGACUAAAGCAGGCCACUGAGGACGAACUGGUCGGGGAGCUGGUGGUCAACGUGCUGAAGGCCAGCCCCGACAUCCUGUCCCGGUUCUUCAAGGAGACGCAGCACUCCUACACCCCCCGCGUCCGGGGGGCCUGGCAGGACAACGUCAGGCUGCUUAAAAAGAUUUACGAGGCCCAGCCAGAUGUUUCUGCCGUCUUUCAGGGCCGAGAGCUGAUCGCCCUGCCCCGCCUGCUGUCCAUGGUCAUGGUGGUGUCUCUCCCUCCGGUCUGCAACAAGGCUUUUUUCACACAGGGCCUCAGUAUUGCCAACUCAACAGUGCAGCUUACAACUGUGUCCAUGAUGAAUUUCAUCCUGAAAAAAGCCCACAAAAACAUGGAAUACCUCCUGGACAAGGCCUCGGGGCUCAGCUCAGACGUGUACACCGCUGACAUGAUGGAGGAGUUGGUGCAGCUGUACAGGGAGUCGCUUGGGAAGAUUUUACCCGACAUGACAGGUAUCAUUUCAACAUGGCAGUCACUCAGCAAGAAGGAAAAGGCUGACGGUGAGGAUAAGAAAACUAGAGGAGAAGGCAGUGCUGAACAGACUGAGGAGAAAAGAGAACAGCCUGCAGCGGCUGAGACGGCUGAAGUCAUCCUGCUGAAGGCUCUGAUCCUUCAGGUCAUUUGUCUUUACCAGAAAGUGGUGCCGCAUUUGGUGGUUCAGUGCAAAUUUGACUUCAGCAAGCUCCUCAAAGGGAUUGUGUCUGAGAGAGGGAUGAGGGAAGAGGUUCCUCCAGUCCUGCAGUAUCAGGUGCUGCAGUUGGCUUUAGAUCUUCCCGCCAGCAAAUUUACUUGGUUCCGGAUUCAGGAUGCUGCAGACACAGAAUCGUCUUCUGGAGAGAAGUCGGUGCUUUAUUUACUCCUGAAGAUGUUUGUUAGCAGCAGCACCAACAGCCACCUGAGAUCCUCAACACAGAAGCUGGUUCUAAAGGUGCUUAAUGACACUGGCGUGUUUGAGCACUCUCUGAGUGAGCUCCAGCUCUGGCUGCACCAGCUGGCCAGGCUGGAACCGAACCAACAGGAGGCCGUCAUCCAGUUUCUGGAGAGGGUCUUGGUGAAAAUGGUUUACAAUUCCCACGAAUACACAGAUAAAGUGGCCAGCCUGGUCCAGGAGGCGGGGUAUGUUCAGGCUAACCUGAGCAGCCACGAGGGCGACGCAUCCAGCAUCCCGGUCUCACACAUAGAUGACGUGUUAGACAUGCUGGACGUCAUCAUGGAGGGCAGUGAGGGCGAGAUGGAGGAGUUUGGACCUUCUCUGAGCGAGGACCUUAUUAACCAGACCUUCCCCUUCAGUGCUUUGGUGCCUGCAGCUCUGCAGGCUCGAAACAAACUGCCAGCAGACAAGGGGGCUGUUUAUGAGUAUUUGUGCGCAGUGUUCUCAGAUGUGCUGCACUGUCAGAGAGAGCCGCUCCCCCUCUGCAUAGCUCUGCAGCAGUACGAUAAAGAGCUGGUUUCUGCCAAUAUCCCCGCCUGUACCCAUCCAGCCAUCAUCCACCUCCACCAUUAUUACUCCCGAUGGCUUCCCAAACAGUGCCACAAUGAGCUGUUCAAGUCCCCUGAAAGCCCCUCAGAGGGACUGCCACCCCCUACCUCCUACGGUUCAUUUCUAAAAGCUGCUUACAUCCAAGGACCAAACGCUUUGCUCAAGGAGACGUUCAGGAAAGAUGCGGAAGAGCUUUUAGCUUCCAUGUCGCUGGAUGAGUUUCCGGUUGCAGUGAAGCAGGUUUUACUUUACGUCAAAUCAACAGUGGAGAACUUUGGCACGUUCUCCAAAGGCAUUGGAGCUGCUCUUCUAAAGACCCUAAUGGAAAUGCUCCAAGACAUAGUGACCAAAUUACAAGAGUCCCUGAACUCUAUAAACUCUGAGCCCACGUCAGAAAACCCCCAAGAGGGAUCGGACCUGUUUCUGGAGCUCAACCAGUCCUCAGCAGCUGAAGCCAACAAAGAGCAGGUCGUGGUCUCGGCUUUAGGCUCCGCCCUCGGCCACCCGUGUCUGGAGCAGUGGUUCCUGGCCCUGGAGCUGUCGGCCCUGCCCCCCCACUCUCUGAACCCGGUGCGCCUCAAGCUCCUGUGCGGGCUGCUGACCGACUGCAUCCUGACCCUCCUGACGGCCGGCGCCCCCGCGCUCCGAGACCUGGGACACCCGCAGCUCCUCGGGAACUACACGGGCGCUUUGGAAAAAGCCGCUCUGAAGGAAUUAGUGGAAUUAGCGGAUUCCCAACCUCCGAAAACGCACUCCAGGACCUUCCAGGCCCUGCUGUCUUUACACACCUACAUGGAUCCCAACAGUCUGAGGGAGGUGUUGUCCAGAUUGCUGCUUCUUCCCCAGGACAGCCUCAUCUGUCCAGGUAUUGAGGGGGGUCAGUCGGAGCUAAGCAGCUACGGCCGAAUCGCCCUGCAGAUCCUCACCGAGUGGAAAUCCUCCCCCGGCGGAGACGAGGGCGGGUUCCUGACCACAGCUCACCUGCGGGGGCUGAGCGCCCUGCUGCUGUCCUGCCGCAGCCCCGAGCUGGAGGCCUUCCUCCUCCGGACGCUGUCCGCCCGGCCGGCGGACGCCGCGCUGCUCCACGCCGACGUGCUGCUGCGCUGCCUCCGGACGGCCCCCCCCGCCCCCCCCCGGGCCCUCGGCGCCCUGCUGCUCCGGAACUGCUCCGCCCACCGCCUCCGCUUCGAGCUGUGGUGCUUAGAACCCGCAAACCUGCAGGAGCUGUCCAGCGAGACGGAGGCCUUCCUCCCGCUGGUCGAUGCCUAUCUCCAGGCGGCCGGAGGAGAGGACCCGGCCAGACCCAAAGAGGUACAACAAGAGGUUUUAAAAGUCCUGAAGCAGGCACUGCUUCCCAAACUGUCCCGGUGUGUUCUGGGGAGCCUCACAAAGGACUCCGGAGCCCAUUUUGCUCAGACUCUGUCGGCUUUAAUCCGACUCUCUGCCGACGCCGACGACAUCUCGGACUUGAUCCAAAAUCUUCCCGCCGCCCUUCAAAACGUGGACAGCUUCGAAAGAUGGCAGCUAGUAGACGUUAUCACGGAGAAACUUGCCGAGCGCCCCGCGGAAAAAGAGGAGUGGAGGAGGAGUGUGUGCACGGCAGCCCUGAAAACUCUGGCGGCCUCGUACUCCCGCUCCCGGGAAGUGUCCGCCUCCCCCUCAGAGCAGGAGCAGGGCGUCCUUAGAAGACUGCAGGAACUCGUAACCUCAGCUGAAGAUAUCGCCGCAGCCGAAUGGAACAGUUUUGUGAAAAACGGACUGAAGUAUCGCUACAGAGACCAUAAUUUCCUGCUGACUCUUCGGGGCCUGUUGGAGCGGAUAUAUGACACCUGUCCACCCGCGAAGGUCCUGAUGCCAUUAGCCAUGAUUCACACGAUGACCAGCAGCCAUUCCCAGUUCCUGCCCAUCAUGUUGGGCUCAAAUGAAGAGCCUAACGGGUGUAAAGCUAAAGGGGGAUUGGUGUCUCUUCUUCUUUGUCUGGUGAAGAAGUGUCCGGAAGUCUGUAGUGUCGGUCACUUUGUGGUCCUUUUGGGAGCGUAUGGAGCCACAAUGUGUGCGUCAGAUCAAAACUUGCUGCUGCUUCUGCGGGAAUAUGAAAGAAACCAAGUCAGUCUGCUGAAAUUCCAGUCCUUGUUGUGGGGGCCGGCGGCCGUGGAGCACCACAAGACCCGGAAAAGCCUGGGGGCCUCUCUGUGGAAGCAGAGCAGCUCCGACGACGUGCUGGCCCUCCUGAAAGCCGACAGGAUGCUUCAAACGGUUUCAAAGUUCCCACAGCAGCGCCGGAUCAUCGUGGAGGAAAACAAAGAGCUGCUGUGUGGUGAUGAAGCUCUGGAGGACUCUGAGACUUUGUAUGAUCCCUGCUUUCUUUUGCCUCUGUUCAGUGCCAUUCUGAGGACAGAGUGUGUUGUCGACUGCCUGAAGUUUGUAUCCAGUCACGCUCUUGGUGUGACGGUAAUGGCCCUGAGCAGCUAUGACCCCAAGGCCAGGGCAGCAGCCUACCACGUCCUGAGCUGUUUUUACCACCACCUGGAAGGCGCUCGCUUCAGAGAGAAGAGACAGCUGUUGUACUUGAUGGAUAUGGUGAGGAAUGGAGUUCGACAGCAGAAUCAGAGGCUUCCGUUCAUUCUUACAACCUACAUCAGCAAAGUGGCCCAGCAGAUGCUCAGACCCGAGGACCACAUGUAUGUGGUGUUGAACAGAUUCCUGCUGUCCCACCAGAGUUUGGAUUUCCGAAGGGUCCCUGAAUUCUUCAGGCUAUUUUUUGGCUCUGACUUGGAGCAUAAGCUGGAGCGGGAGUGGAUCCUGAACGUGCUUGAAGACGGGAUAAGCGACGGACACUGCUAUGAGCUGUGCAGCCAGCAGGGCAUCUUCCAGAUCCUGUUAGGGUUCAGCAGCAGCGCCCUCUGUGAUGAUCGCCUCCAGGCACAGAUCCUCAGGGUUUUGUGUCGGGCGGCGCGAGUGACCAAAGCAGCCUUCAACCUGACCAAAGCCUGCGGGCUCCUGAGCUGGACGGUGCAGCUGGUGGAUAAGAGGAAUCUAAACCAGCAGCUGCUGUGCGCCGCCAUCGACCUGCUCCACGCGCUGUGGUUCACAGUCCUCCGGCAGAAGGAGAAGAGGGAGGAUGGGGCUAACGGCUCUUUAUCUCCUGAGGAGACACCUCAGGGCUUUGGAAAAUGUCUCCCGCUUCCACUUAUCAACGAAUUUCUGAGCGUGGCAUUAGUCAUCAGCAGACACCUCAGGUUGGGUGUGAAGGCCGCUCAGCUGCGCUUGUUUGUGCGGACCCUCUGCUCCGUGCUGAGCCAUCGGGGGUCAGCUCACAGCGCGAACAGACAGGCCGACUGGUUCACGCUGCGUCCGCAGCCCCUCUCCUGCCCGGAGGCUCUGACCGUGCUGCUCUGCUGGGCCUCGCUGGCCCACAACACAGCCCUGCUCACCCAAAUCCAAAGCUUGUCUGAAAAGCACAAAGUGAAAGAGCUGAUGGGGACCGGGAAGAAUAAGGUCCAAGCCAAGAGCCACGUCUCCCACAACCACGUUCAAGAGGAGAAUCUGCCCGAGGAGGCCACGACCGAGAAACAAGCAGAGAGUGUCCUGGCAGACUGUAAACCGGACCUCAGCAGGAUCUGCCUUCAAUGGGAGCCGGUGUCUGACCUCUCAGAACCCCCGUCCCAUCAGCCCGGAGGCAGAGCGGACCCCCGUCAGCUGGACACGGACACGGCCCACCUGCUGGCCAAGUGGUCCCUGAGGUGGCUGCUGGAGGACGCAAACGCCGAAAACGGAGCUAAAGAAUUCUUGCAGUGGUUCGAGAAGGUGGUGAUAAAACAUAAAGAGGUCGUAAAAGUAGUAAUGCAAGAUCCGGGAUUGAAAGCAGACCUCCUCCGCCUCUACCAUCGCAUCUUUAAAGCUCAGUCUCACUCCGGGUUUGCAGCAAGAGCUGAGACCAUCCAGCUUUUCACCAGCAUCAUGAUUCACUUACUAGAGACACGCGGUCAGCUUCCAGAGUGCCAUCGGGCAGUGGUUUCUGCCUGCGUGCCAGAGGCCUGUGAGGAUCCGUCUAGACGAGCAGCUGGAUGCUUCCUGCUGUCGCUGUACGUCCAUGAGUCGUGGAGCGGGGGUGCUUCAGCGGAAAAGUUCCUGUCUCACGUCACUCUGGUGGUCGGAGACAAACGCAAGAGGAAGAAAACGUCGAAAUCAGCAAAGACUCAAACAGCUCUCAGAGCCAUCUGUAAUGAAAUCAUCACCAUGACAAGUUAA